AGAUCUUUAUCAGAAUGGCUUGAUUUCAUUCUGUUUAACAUUUGUUCAUGGCUUCAGUCUUGAAGAAGCAGACGUUUUCCAAAGAACAACGUCAGAAGCGCAAUUAUCUGAUUCACUGGCUAUAUAUUCGGAAGGAAUAUGAUGAGUGCUUGGAAUUGAUAGACGAUACUCUCAAGAAAGUGGAUCAAUUAGCUGAAUAUCCCUUGUUUAUCAAGGGUUUGAUAACAAGACAUCAGGGAAAGAUACAUGAGUCGCUUUCUUUGUUCCAACAGGCAGGGCAGAUCAAUCCCAGGAAUGUAGAAACGAUCAAACAGAUCAGCCGAUCCUUGUUUCUCCUCGGAAGACACAAGGCUGCUUCUGAAGUGCUGGACGAGGCGAUCCGGUUGGGCUUCACGGAGGACUGGGAGAUCUGGCACAACAAGGGCAUGUGCCUGAGCCAACUGAAGAGGCUCGAGGACGCAAAGGACGCACUGAUGCGAGCGAACUCAAUCCAGAGGCACGACUGCACCUUCAUUCAGCUUGGCCAGAUCCUCACGCAGGAGGAGAAAUAUCAGGAGGCUAUCGAUGUUUACCUGGAAGCGCUGGAAUUUUCGCCGGAGAACCCUGAGCUGUUGACCACCGUCGGACUUCUCUAUCUCCGCACUGGCGAAAACUUCCGUGCCUUCGACUUCCUUGGGAACAGUCUGACGCAUGAUCCUCGAAACUCUAAGACAAUCCUUGCGGCCGGAUCGAUCAUACAAGAUCAUUCCGACAUGGACGUCGCUCUCGUGAAGUAUCGUGUUGCUGCUGUUCAGACCCCGAACUCCGCACAGCUGUGGAACAACAUCGGCAUGUGCUUCUUCGGCAAGCAGCGGCAUGUGGCUGCCAUCGCGUGCCUGAAGAAAGCACUUUACCUCGACCCCUUCGAGUGGAUCAUCUCAUACAACUUGGGUCUCGUCCACCUGCAUACAGAGCAAUAUGCUUCUGCCUUCCACUAUUUCAGCUCCUCCAUCAACCUCAAGCCGGACUUCCCUUCUUCUUACAUGCAGCUGGCGAUCGCUCUGUCACGGCUGGACGACUACGACAAUGCGUGUGCCGCAUACGAGAAGGCGAUCGAGAUGGAUAGCGACUUUCUUUUCCACCUCAAUUAUGCUGUAAUGCUUGUGAACAACGGUCAGGUGGACAAGGCAAGGGAGCAGUUCGAUCAGUUCGAGGCGCUCUAUGCAGAGGCGGACGAGGAGACGAAGAAUUCGGACAAAGACGUUGGGGUCAUGCGAUCACUGCUGAUGAAUGUUCUUGGGAGAAACUGACAGAUUGACGAUGAGUGAAGAAAAAUUAGCCUGA